AUGACAAGUGAACGCCACAUAGCAUUAGCACAAGGCCAAGCUAUCCUCGAAGCUGUCCGUCGCAUAUCAGCCAUAUUCUUCACCAUCUACUCUGAAAUCCACUCGCUGAUUGUUUCUGCGGCCGAUAACACGGACAAUAUACGACCCCUAAAAUCAGACAGUGACAUAGCUGUUGCCAAAGUGACAGAAGACGAGCAUUAUAAAACAUUUGAACUGCAAAAGACACCGUCAUUAUCGGUAAGUCUGAGUCAUUAA